AUGAGCGACUCGAAGGGCCUUCAGGAUACUUACUAUCUUCCAAUAGGGCUCACAAGCCUGCAAAAGGAUCUAGUCGAAAUAUUGAUAUCGAUCCACACUAAAUCAUUGUUACAGUACUGCAAGUCGGAUGCCUUAUCUAGCUUCCCUGAAUGCAAGUCAGAUACAGAGUUAGUUUUGCCGCCCUUAUCGGCGGCCCAGCUCACUGGAAUGUUGGCUGUCAACAUUCGUGCCGCUGCUAACCAUCCGUGCCUCUUGGUUGAACACUAUAUGCCUCGCCAGUUACUUCUGAUGGAACCAGGUGAGCGCCUUAUUCGGGCUAGUGACAAGUUCCGCAAAAUGGCGAUGCUCCUGAAUUCAAUUUUCACCAGAGACCGGAAACGCUUUCCGCAGCCAAUGCACAUCACCAUUUUGUCGCAUAGCGUCAAGGAGUUGGAUAUAAUAGAGGGCUACCUUCUUGGUAAGCCUAUAAAACUCAAGAGAAUAUCAGGUACAAGUUUGUUCAAUGAGAAACAUCUUUACAGUGAUGCGGACACGAGUAGUAGUACACCAGUACCAACUCCGACACACACCAAAGAUGAGUACGAAUAUGGAGAGAAAAAGUUCAAGAGUAGGCCUAGCGACACAAGUGACUGGCUAUUUUUAGCCACCACGACGCACUUGUCGAGGGCAGCUGAUCUUCUUGAUGACUACAAUAUUGACAUGGUCAUUGGCUUCGACCCAUUAAUUGAUGAAAACUUAGAGUCUUUUGAAAGAAUGAGAAGAAAUGGCAAGCACGUUCCGCUGAUCAAACUUUUGGUUAAAGACUCGCCAGAUCACUAUGUUCUUGCCCACAGCAAAACAAACGGUCACGAAGGGGACCUUUUUCUCGAUUCUCUCCUGCAUUUUGUUCAUAAUAGACACGAAAUAGUCGAACAACGCCAAACAGAAUGGAUAGGGGACUUUGUCGAGGAAAUUCUAAGUGGAAAUUCGCAGGCUAGCUUGAAGCUGCCACCCUGCAAUUUAGCCAACGGUGAGAAAAAUGCAUCUCUCCUUGAUGACUUAGUCAACUACACAGGCCACAUGAAGCUUUCGGGCGGGGUAUUUGACCUCAAAGCAGUGAAUCAGGACUUGGAUCUCAAACUUUAUCAAAAUAAGAUUAUGGACCUCAUUGUACGAAGGCUGAUUGAGUGCGAGCAAGCAUAUGCGGUCCGACAAGAACAGGUGUUGGGAAAAAGGCUGCGCGAAACUAUGCGACAGAACGAGAUCGACCAGAUCAAAGUUGAGAGCGGGCAAAUGUACAAGAAACUCAAAGAAGGCGAAGGUCCUCUGAAUGACUCUACCAAGAGGCUAAACAAAGCCCAGAAUGACGUCACAAAGUUGAAAGAGCAGCAGGAGCAAAUUGAGCAACGGAGAUUAGCGCUCCAAACUGUUGCAGAGGAUGGGAACGCUUCCGAACAGCUAGCGCUCAAGCAAGAAAAGCUGAUGAACUUGAGAGCAGAGCUGAAUACACUAAUCCAGGAAAAUUCACGCCAAGCUGCUGCAAACGACGAACUACGUUUGCAGUACCAAGCUAGGUCUUCGGAGGCUGCGAAUGAAUCUCUGGUCCUGAAAACACUACAGAAGAACAGGGACGAGCUCAAGGCUCGACUCGAGGGCCCCACUGUGUCCAUCAACUCCAGCGGCGCGUUGGAACAAGAAUCUCGUCUUCGCGAAGAGCUAGUGCGCGUUGUUCAACAGUCCCACUUCCUCCAAGGGUACAUCAAGAGGAUACAGAAGCAGUAUCCAAUCAACGGUUCCCAGUCAUCCAAAAAACCCGCAACUGCACCGGGGAAUUCCAGAACAAGAAGCAGCAGAUCCUCUGCACCUGUCUACACCUGA